AUGCUAGUAUUUGAGUACAUAGCACCUUGGGUGCCAAUCUUUAGGAACAGCUUAGAAGCAGAAUUGGCAGCAAAUAGUAAUAAACCGCUGUUCACCUCAUUUCAAUUAGCUACUGUCGACUUUCACGGGUUACCUCGAAACAGAACGUUAGUAUAUAGGGGUUUUUUGUUUGAACAGGAAAAUACAAAUGUGAUCACAUUCACCACGGAUAAGCGAAUGAAGAAAUAUGAAGAAUUGUUAAAUAAUGAUAGAUACGAAGCGGUGUUCUACUUUCUGAACUUGAAGUAUCAGUUCAGAUUUCGUGGCAGAGCCAGAAUGAUUGAUGCUAAGAAUCGACCGGUGAUUAGUCUUUUAAAAGUGGAUCCUGGCUUCCUCGGUGGCAAAAAAAAACCUUUAAGUCAGGAAGAUAUACUGUUGAGCAGUGAAGGGCAUCUGCCUCAAUCGGUUCCGAUAAAUACAGCAUUGGUCUCUCCGAAGAUAGAAAAGAAUCUUCAGAAACUGGAGCAGGACUUCAUGAGCUCCCCACAUCUUUUUCCGCCCACUCAGGAAGACUGGAACCAUGAAGUACAUCGCCAAUGGGAUAAUUUAUCAAAAAACUUGAAAAAAUCAUUCAAGAAACCACCACCUAAGGCUCCUUUAAAUGAUGAGUACAUAAAGACAAUGGAUGCGAUUAGAAGAGGUGUCGAUGGUAAAAAGGAUGAUGAAGGUUUUAAAAACUUUAGUGUAGUAGCAAUGUUUUCUGAUUAUGUGGAUUUUGUUGAUCUCGAACGGGACAGGCGGAUUAUAUACCAAUUAGAUGAAUACGGCCAGUGGGCGGAAACUGAAGUGUGUCCAUAG